AGUAUAUUGCUCCAGUUUCCUUAGAGAUGGCUUCAACUUCUACUGCCGCUCAAGGCGAACCUGAAAAUGCUCCACCCGUCGAUGUAAGCCAACUUUGCUUCAAUCUAACGCACUGCGCCACCAGCUACAAGCACUAUGCGUUCCAACUCGCUUCAAAGAUCGCGCCGAAAAGAUAUAAUGACGCCUUCUUGGAGCACAGUGAAGAGCACUUGAAUGCACUCCGGAAACAAAAUCAACAGCAAUUAUCGACAGAAGAGAUCUUUACCUCUUGCAGGAACAUAUUUACCGAGAUGGAGUCGUGUCAAGCAGAGUUGCAAGCUCGCUUGAAUAAUGGUCGCCGAGAAACCCCGCCACCAGCUCAACAAGAUGUUAACUCUAUUAUCAAAUCAUUCCUGACUCAAAUGCUCCCGGCGAAACACGGCAUACCUACCGACUUGGCACAGGCUCUCCUGAUUCUUUGCAACUUUUUGAAUGCCCGCCAGAUCUUGCUGCCCAAAAACGUGAUUGAUGGCUACAUGAAUCUUGUCAGCCAAGUUCCAAUUUCUGAUCUUCCAUCGAGACCGCAGGAAGCCGUUCAAUCGCCAAGUAAUGUUUUCUCCGACUUUAUUGCCAACGAGCUGACCUUGAAUGCAAUGAAGAAAAAUGAAGAGUUGCAAAAAUUAAUCGAUUCUCAGAAAAAGGAAUCUAGAAGGUUCCAAGAUUCAGCACGCAUAAAGAAGAUGAAAUUGGAAGCUCAAAUCGAGGAUCUCGAAGAAAAAUUGAAAUUCGCCGAGCAACACUUUCAUGGAGAGCUCCAGGAGACUUGUUUCUCUGGAGAAACUUGCCUUGAAACUGGAAUUCUAGGAUACCGAGGAAAGUUCCCAAGUGCUCCAUCCGAAGCCGAGAAGAUGUUGAAAGAGAUGAGCCGGACUACAAACGACGCGAAGAAGCUCAUUCUGAUGAACAGUCGAGUUGUGGAAGGGUCAGCGAAUUUGAUGAAAAAGUGGAAGACUGCCAUGAAGAUUGCUGGAGAAGCUCCGCAGACUUCUUACCAAGAAUCUUUUGCUCACAACUUUGAGAAUUCUGAGCCUUUGUUUUCAACUCCAAUUACAGCUUCAACUACAGCUGAAGAACCACCACAGGUGUUCAGCUUUCACUCUCGCCAGCAACCGUCUUCAUUAGCGAGCACUGCUUCUGAUACUGGCAAUCUAGAUCGCCCAAGAUUUAGUGGCUCGGAUCUCACCUUCGAAAUCAAGAAGCUCAACGAUGAAAUUAGCGGACUGCGCCAGGAGAAUGAAGAGCUUCGAGCUUCAAACGAGUAUCUACGGACUGCUCACGGAGUGGAUGUACACAAUAUAAGCCAGCUUCAGCUUCAGAUAAAAGCCACUCAAGAAUUAAACCAAGCCUAGAGAGUCUAGAGAGCUCAAUCCUGCAACAUAUCAAAAGAUGAACAAGUUUUACUAGUCUCCCGCAAUGAUUUGAAUGUAAUAAAUUCCUUUAUUAAUUUUUCAAAUGUUUUCUUUUUUAUAAUCUCCCAAUCGGUCAUAACAAAGCAAAUGUUUAAUUGUUCCUCUGUGAUUUUUUUGUAAAUCAAUUUUCCCUCAAAUUUAUCAGCUUGCAAAAAUAGACACAAUUUGUAGA